AUGACUACUCCAGAGUAUAUCCAUCUUGUUAACACAUCCACAGUGUGGAUCUGCAGUGCUUGCAACUCCCCAAACAGCAGCAAGAUCUACAAUUUCAUUUCAGUGGAAGAGAACACAUACAACAGCUUCUCAGCCCUUAAUUCUGACAUACCAUACAGUCCGUUUUCUUCCAUUGGGAGUCCGUGUGCUACAUCAUCUCCAGUCCGAGAUCAUUCACCUCCCAAACAACAGAAACGGAAGUCCCUCACAGUGGUAUCACUAAACUUCCAAAGUAUAAAAAACAAAGUUCACGAGACUGAGGUACUCAUUGAUAACUUGGAAUCUGACAUCAUUGUAGGCACAGAGACUUAUUGGCUGAAUGACAACAUCUUCUCAGCAGUGGUUAUACCUACAACAUACAAUGUUUUCCGAAGGGAUAGGGCUGACUCCCAUGGUGGAAUCAUCAUUGCUGUCAAGAAUGACUUGGUGUGUACGCCAGUCUACACCAGUAAAGACCAUGAGCUCCUUUGUGUUAGACUUCAGGUAAAUAAGAAAAAGUCCAUCAUCAUAGGAGCCUACUACCGCCCACCUAACAUUACUUGCGAAAAUAAUGCAUUCCUGGCUGUAGCGGAGAUGAGCAAGGUUCGCUCGGAUCAUCCUAAGUGUGACUUUUGGAUGGCAGGUGAUUUUAACCAUCCAGACAUUAACUGGUCUACCCAAUCAAUCAUCUCCCACCAAUAUCCAAGCAAGAUGUCGACAGAAUAUUUGAACAUCCCUGGUGAUUGUGGAGUGGAGCAGCUUGUAUGCACACCUACACGGGGAGAUAAAAUCCUAGACUUGUUCUUUACCAGUAACCCAUCACUUGUGCAACGACGUAAAGUCAUCCCAGGGGUAGGCGACCAUGAUGCAGUCUUACUUGACUCCUUAAUCCAGCCGCUAAGAAGUAAACCGGCCCGUCGUGAAAUAUAUUCAUGGGAUAAGGCAGAUAUGACAUCUUUGCGAAAGUCAUCAACAACUUUGUACAAGACUUUACCACUAGACUUUUCACUUCAGUUGAUACUCACUGGGAACUCUCUAGAGACAUUACUUGGCAUCAGGAACCGACACGUUCCUCAUAAGCUCACACGAUCCAGGACAUCCAACCCUUGGAUCAAUACAGCUAGCAGGCGUCUAGCGCGCUGGAAACUUCGUGCAUUCCACAAAGCCAAGGCAACAAAGAAGCAGCGUGAUCAGCAAAGGUACCUGUCUCUUAAGUCAGAAUGCCAGCGCACUAUUCGUCUUGCUUAUCAACAAUACGUGAAGGACAUCAUCACCCCCAGUGCCUAA